UUCACCCGAGGACAAAAUAAGCCUGCUACACCUGUACUGUCACACCGGUUAGCCUUCAAGGACAUACUUUUGUUGUGGAUUGUGUCUUCACUUUAAGUGUGUUUGCUCUCAGGUUGAAAAUGGAGCCAGCAUUCACGAGCGUCAGGCUAAAGGUGGCUGUGCUGUUUCUGGUGACAAUUCAGCUGAGAACAGAGGCGAUGCAGAUAACAUCCACGGGGGCGCAGACCAUUCAGUAUGCAACGGGAACGACUGUUAAACUGGGAUGCACCUAUACUCCAGCCACAGCAGACACAGGACCGCUGGAUAUUGAGUGGUCCAACGUCAGUCCGGACAUGACACAGAAGGACACAGUGAUCUUAUCAUAUUCAGGUGGCCAGACCCACUACAUGGACAACAGCGUCUCCAAAAGGUUCAGUUUCACAGGGAACCCCGACCAGGGAGAUGCUUCGAUCUCUAUCACUGGUGUGACAGUCUCAGACACCGCCACAUACCAGUGUAAAGUCAAGAAGCUCCCAGGCAUUGACAUGAGAAAAAUCACACUGGUUGUGUUGGUUCCCCCAUCACCGCCAAAGUGUUGGGUUGAAGGUGGUGAGGAGAAAGGAAGCACAGUCUCCCUCCGCUGCGUAUCCCGUCAAGGAUCCUCUCCCAUCAGCUAUGUGUGGACGAGAGACAACGGAGCUGCAAUGCCAUCCACUGCUACUCAAAACCAACAGAGUGGGGAGCUUCUGGUAAAGAACCAUACAGACAGCAACACUGGAACUUAUGUCUGCGAGGCAGCAAACGCUGUGGGCAAAGGGCAGUGUAAAUACGUACUGCAUGCAUACAACCCUACCAAUAAAGCAGGUGUGAUCGCUGGCGCUGUGAUAGGCGCUCUGCUGCUUCUGCUGCUCCUCCUGCUUCUCAUCUGGCUUCUCAUCUGCUGCUGCCACAAGCGUCGCUACCAGAAGGAGGUCGCGAAUGAAAUAAGGGAGGAUGCGCAGGCCCCGGAGAGCAGGCCCCCGAGCAGGAACUCCAGCAUGCACUCCAGCCGGCACUCCAGCCUCCGCUCGGUGAUGGGAUACCGCACUCACCACGGCGUCAUCUACAGUUCCGUAAGGGGCAAUCUGCCUACGGUGAAUGAAUCGGGCCCAAUCUUCACAAAUGGAAGCAAUGGGUCGACCACAGGCGGGGAGAUACCCGCUCACCUCACAUAUGACCCUAAAUAUGGAUACGCCGUGUGACCACAAACCUCAAGCCUAACAGGCUCUUAAUUUUAUUUUUAGUGCUCAACUACACUUUAUGAUAAAAAAAAAAGACUCAACACCUUUUAAAUAAUGUUCUGUGUCUGAAGUAUAUAAGGGCCAAGAGGUGCAAUAAUAUAUACAUGUUUUUUAAACCAGGGAACAAUGGGAGUGUUUGCAUAGCUACUGACUCAUAAAAUCCUACCCUCAUGUGACAUAUUAUAUGUAUCAGCUGACUUUCAUGAAGCACUUUAGCACAUCACUGUUAGUGUAAAACAAACAGAAGAACAGGUUUUCAUAAUCACAAAUAAGAUUUGCUUUCUUGGGUUUUUUUUUUAAUUUUUUAAAACUGUAUGCAAAAUGUAUAUAGCAAAGCAAUUGUUUUUUUAUUAUGGUGCUUUUUUUCCUUCUUGUUAUUUUUUUUUAUUUUGUACAGUUUAAUGUUUUAAUUGGCAAGUCAAGGCGAACAACAAAUGUAAAUGGCAUUCGGGUGUUUGUGUUGUCGGUCCACAUGGGUCACAUGUGUACAAAUGUAACUUAAUUAGAGAGAUUAACGAAUGAAGAAUCCAUUAAAAUAAAUAUCUAGUGCAGAGUUCUUGUUUAAA